AUGAGGAUGAACAAACAACACAAAGUCAGCAAAAACAAUGCAGGAAAUCCAUUUGAUACAAACCAGCCAGUAAAUGACAGUCUCCACCAUCAUCUCAGCUAUGUUCAUGGAAAAGAGUUUGAAUACGAGGACCCAAUGUUUCAGGAUUAUGACGAACAAACCAAACAAGCACAACUACAUGACUGGACCCACACAGAACACAUGGACACGGAUGAUCUGCGAUAUACAAAAGCCUCAUCUCCUGGUUUGAAGAGUCAUUGUCGUCUGACUAAUCUGUGCUUCACUAGAUCUACUAGAUCUGGAGAUUUGACAAUCAAGAUACCGCUGCUCAUUGAAGCUCUUCUUCUCAUUUUAGCUGCUCUAGGACAGGAUCACAGAACAACUGUUGAAGGACAGAUAUUUCCAUUGGAUAUGGCACCAAAUUCUGUCGAUGACCAAUAUGACGGUUGUACUAUGAAAAUGGCGAAUCUGGUGAAGACAUUGCUAGAGAAGGAAAGAUCUGGCUCAGCUGAAUUUAAUAAGACUUGGCAAGAAGGUGAAGAGAAUGCAAAUAAAGCAGAGGAUAACUUGCAGCAGAUUCAUUCAGUCGCUAUUCAUGUUUACACUAACAAAGACUCUACAGUAUAUAAUAAUUUCACUAGUGCCACUCGCACUGACAAACAGAAAUACAGAGAGGGGACAUUCACAUGGUAUUCACUUCACUUUCUGUUAACAGAAGCGAUACAGAUUCUGAAGAAAACACAAAAUAGAUGCUAUGUAACUUAUCGUGGUACAAAUGUUAAAUUUGAUGUUAAGAGCAAAGAGGUUCGUUUGAGCUCAUUUUCAUCCUCCUCUCUUGAUCGAACAGUGAUACAGGGUUUUGGAAAUAAAUCUUGUUUUGAAAUCUACACUUGUGAAGGUGCUAAUCUGACAAAAUACUCUAAGUAUCCCGAUGAGAAAGAGGUGCUGAUUCCUCCAUAUGAGAAUUUUAAAGUCACCACUGUCAAAAACAGGACAGAUCAGCCUGAUCUUUGGUGUGAAACUGUGUUUGUGUUGAACAGCACUGGAAAAAGUGACCUGAGUUGUGCAUUGUUUAACAGUGGAAACCAUGCUGCUUUCUUUAAUGUUCUACUAAUUUUGCAAAUAUUAUUUUGCAAAGUGUUUACCUGCUAA